CCGGCGCAGGUACAUCAGAGGUGGGCAUGCCGAGUAGGUGGGGUCGCUGCUCUCCUCCUGUCCGGAGCAGAGCAACCCAGCAGAUCAGCUCCAGCGAGGAACCAGCGAGGUGCGAGCAGCCGGAGAGGACCGCUUUCUGCAGGAACAAGUCCAAGGAUUGGGAACAGUGAGCAGCGCAUGGUGUCCCGACAUGCACCUUCAUAUCCACCCCUCCCUCCUCGUAACGCUGCUGCUGCUUCUUCCAGUCCAGCAGGGCAGCUCAGUGCAGGAGAUCCAAACCAGCCAUGAGAACAUCGUAAAGAUCAACUCAGCAGGAGAAAUGAUGCAGUGCUCAGCAGCCAUGGAUAUCCUCUUCCUCAUGGAUGGUUCUUACAGCAUGGGGAAGGGCAGCUUUGAGAGGUCCAAACACUACGCAAUCAAACUCUGUCAAGCGUUAGACGUCGGCCCAGACAAGGUCCGAGUCGGCUUGAUUCAGUUUGGUUCCGUUCCUCGGCUGGAGUUCGCCCUGGACUCUCACACUACCAAACAAGACCUGAAGAAGCACAUGAAGAAGGUUUCUUACAGGGGAGGCAGCACCCAGACAGGCCUGGCUCUAAAGUACGUGCUGAGGAAGGGUUUCGAAGGCGGUCGCAACUCCUCCGCUGCGGCCCGGAUCGCCAUCCUCUUAUCAGACGGGAGGUCUCAGGGCAACGCGGUGCAGGCGGCUGCACAGCUCAAAGAGACGGGCGUGGUCUUGUUUGCAGUGGGCCUUCGCUACCCCAGGUGGGAGGAGCUACAUGCUUUGGCCAGUGCGCCGAUGGAGAGUCACGUCUUCUUCGCCGAACAUUUCCACGACGCCGUCAAUGGCCUGUACACCACGCUGACAGCCUUCUCCGUCUGCAAUGCCACACCUACAGGCUGUCAGGUGGAGUUGUUUCCCUGCGAGAGGAAGACACUGGAGACCGUGAAAGAGCUGCAGGGGAAUUUCAUGUGUUGGAAAGGCUCCAAGGGGUAUUCCCCAUACACGUCUCUCUGUCCAUACUACAGGUACAACAAGGUGUACAAGAGACACCAGACAGUCUGCCAUCGGACUAUCUGUCCAGAUCCUUGUGACUCUCAGCCCUGUCUGAAUGGUGGAACAUGUGUAUCAGAAGGUCCAGAGGGUUACCGCUGUGUAUGUCCACCUGGCUAUGGAGGAGACCCACACUGUGCUCCGGCGUUAUCACUGGACUGCUCUGUGGACUUGCUGUUCCUGGUGGAGGGUUCUGCCACGCUCACCUUGGAAGGCUUCCUCCGCCUCAAGUCCUUCUUAAAGCGCUUCCUGCAGACUGUGGUCGGGUCCAACAGCCCCAGUAAAGUUGGCCUGGCGGUGUACGGUGGAGAGACCAGAGUCGAGGCCCAGGUGGGCAAGUUCAAAGGGAACCUGAAGGGUCUGCUUAAGGCCGUGGAGGCACUUCAGCCGAUCGGCGGCGAAACCCAGACGGGCCAGGCACUCCGUUACGUCACGCGCCACGGCUUUGUGAGCGCGCCGGUGUUUGCCGACGUCACGGACGAUCUGCCCCGCGUGGUGGUGCUGCUUACCGCCACGCCUUCAUCUGACGAGGUGGUGGAGCCCUCUAAAUACGCACGGGACAGGGAGAUCUUCCUGAUAGCAGUGGGUCCAGACAGAUUAAAGGGACAGCUGAAUAAUAUCACAGGAAAUCCCCAGAGGACUAUUACCUACACAUCACAGUUCAGUGCCAAGAUCCCUGAACUCAAGGCUAAGAUCUGCAGUGUGGAUACGCAAGGUUGUCUGGGCCAAGCAGUGGACCUGGUGUUUGCUCUGGACGCCUCGGGCAGCGUCAGCCCAGACAACUUUGCAACCAUGCGCGACUUUGUGCGCGGCCUCAGCGUCCAAUUCGACAUCAACCGCGAUGUGGCUCAGAUGGCACUCGUGGCCUACGGUCGGAGAGCCACCACCGUCUUCAACCUGGACACCCACGACACCGGCUCUGCCAUCCUCAAGGCUGUAGGCGACGCCAACUACAUGGGUGGAGUGGCCUCAACGGGCACAGCUUUGCUUCACGUCCACUCUGACAUCCUGACAGUGGCCAAAGGCGCGCGGCCCGGAGUCAACAAGGCAGUGGUGGUGGUGACGGAUGGUUCGGGUGGGGAUGACGCUGCCGUUCCAGCUCAGAAGUUAAGAGACAAUGGAGUUUCCCUGUUUGUGAUCGGUAUCGGAGAUAUACAGAAAGAGAGGCUGCUGCAGAUCGCUGGUUCGGAGGAGCACAUGAUCUCUGUUCUGUCUUACGAGGAUCUCAAGUACUUUGAAGAUGUUCUGGUGCAGAUGCUGUGUUCAGAGGCUAAAAUGCCAGUCAACUUGUGCAAGCCCAACCCAUGUAUGAAUGAUGGGGUCUGCAUCCUUUCCGGAGGGAGCUUCCGUUGUCAGUGCCAGGGCUAUGAAGGACCACACUGUGAAACAAGGAGCAGCAGGCCUUCAUCCAGGGGAGAUCUUCCGAGGCCUGCUGGUCUCAGGAAGAAGAGCAGGCAGAAGAAGAGCCACCAGGAGCUCCUGCAUCACUACAAACUGCACCGCAGGAGACAUGCUGCCUGAUAACACCAUACGCACAUAAAACACACAGAAACAAGUCACUUACGGACACUUAAAAACCAAGGAUUUUUGCGGGUACACAGUGGAGUAAAGGGAAAACUAAUGUAACAGUUUCAAUAUUUAAACUUGCACUCAACAAGUGCCUUCAAACUGUAUGUAUUUCUACUGUGUUUAUUUGUUUGUUUUUGUUGAAUGGCUCUAUUCAAAUAUGUAAACUUUUCUAUUAUAUUAUUAUAUUAUAGUGUAUAUCUGUGUCAUGAUUUUGUGUGUCUAAUCACAACAACCUUCUUUUCUUUAAAUUAAGACAAAAACAUCAAAUUUGUGCCAAAACCAUGCUCUAUGCCAACUGCUCUAUUUUACACCGCUCAGCCAUAAGAUUAUGACCACCUGGGCACCCUGGUGGGUACCACUUUUCCUUCCUUGGACCACUUCUGAUAGGUACUGACCACUGCAGACCGGGAACACCCCACAUGCUCUGACCCAGUCGUCUAGCCAUCACAACUUGGCCCUUGUCAAAGUUGCUCAAAUCCUCACACUGCCCAUUUUUCCUGCUUCUAACACAUCAACUUUGAGGGAAAAAAAGGUCCCUUACUGCCUAAUAUAUCCCACCCACUGACAGGUAGCCAUGAUAACCAGAUAAUCAGUGUUAUUCACUUCACAUGUCAGUGCUCAUAAUGUUAUGGCUGAUAGGUGUAUAUCUAAAUAUAUUGUGACAUUCAUUUUUACAUUAGAUGCUUCCUAAAUUUACUCAAUUGAGUAUUUUUAGAUGUUAAAAAGAUUAUUCUUUGUUCUCUCUAAUGAUCGAGAUGUAUAAAUAGAAUGUAUAUAUGUAUUUCAUUAUAAAUUAUGGUAGUGCUAUAUAACUGCCUGGUUUCUGUGCUUUAACUUACACUAUACUUUACUAAUAUCACUUUUGGGGAAAAGAGAGUCUAUAUUUAAAGAGUGCAAUUAUUGUACCUGUACAACAGCUAACAAGCUCUAAAAUGUAUGAAAUGGCAAGUCAUUUAAAUCAAUAGCCAAAAGUAACAUUUAAACAUUCAAAAAGGUUUGCCAGACCAACAUCCUUUUAUCGAAUGACUCCCCUUCAUGAAUGCUUUAUUACUUCAUUAGAGAGAAGUGACUGAGUUGACUCUAAUUACCCGGUUAAAUUUUAAUGCUGCAGGCUUCCAGUGUCCUUUGCAUUGUUUCUACAGUGAACCUUCAGUUUAUUUUCAACAGACAAGCUGGACUGACUAAAGGGAAAACAUUUUCAUAAACCAAUGUCAAGCCAC